UCAAUAGCUUUGCUUCUUCUUGACUGAAUUGGCCACAGGAGACAGAGAGAAAGAAAAAUAACAAGAAAAAUGGCAACUCAAGCUUUGGUGUCUUCAUCAUCUCUAACAUCUUCCGUUGAGGCCACAAGACAAAUCUUGGGAAGCCGACCAACCCAACCAUCCACAAGGAGAUCAGCUUCUUUUGUCGUCAGGGCGGCUGCUACUCCUCCUGUCAAGCAAGGAGCAGACAGACCCUUGUGGUUUGCUUCCAAACAGAGCCUUUCUUACUUGGAUGGCAGCUUACCAGGUGACUAUGGGUUCGAUCCAUUGGGCCUAUCAGACCCAGAAGGCACAGGUGGGUUCAUCGAGCCCAGAUGGCUAGCUUACGGCGAGGUCAUCAACGGGCGUUUCGCCAUGUUGGGAGCUGCAGGAGCCAUUGCACCGGAGAUCUUCGGAAAGCUUGGUCUCAUCCCAGAAGAAACUGCUCUCCCUUGGUUCAAGACCGGUGUCAUCCCACCAGCCGGAACAUACAACUAUUGGGCCGACCCAUACACACUCUUCGUAUUGGAGAUGGCACUAAUGGGCUUUGCUGAGCACAGAAGAUUCCAGGAUUGGUACAACCCUGGGUCCAUGAGCAAACAAUACUUCUUGGGCCUGGAGAAGUACCUUGGUGGGUCCGACAACCCAGCUUACCCUGGUGGGCCUUUGUUUAACCCACUUGGGUUUGGGAAGGAUGAGAAAUCCAUGAAGGAUUUGAAGCUCAAGGAGAUUAAGAAUGGAAGGUUGGCUAUGUUGGCAAUCUUGGGCUAUUUCAUUCAAGGCCUUGUUACAGGUGUUGGGCCUUACCAAAACCUGCUGGAUCAUCUUUCUGACCCAGUCAACAACAAUGUCUUGACUAGCCUCAAAUUCCAUUAAAGAUGGGGGAGGAGUUGUAUAAUAUUGAGUAGUACCAUAUAACCUUUUGUUGCUAUGGACAACGAAAACCCUUAUGGGGAUUUGUUUCCUUUCUUCCUCUCAUUGUUACAUUAUGUAAGAAUCUUUUAUUGUUA